AUGCUGCAUUUACCAAAUUGUGGACCUUGUAAAAUAAAUAAUUGUAAUAAAAAUGUUGUCAAAUUUCGUACUUUUACUAAGCUUGCAUAUGAAAAAGCUAAAACAAAAGGAACAUUUAUUAUAUAUAACUAUUUAAAAGUUGGUGAUCAACUUUGUCAAAUGCAUUACAACAAUAUUGUUGAACCAGACCGAAAUAAAUAUUCAAGUUUACCUUUAAAUAAUUUGUCAGUUCAUGAUAAUAAUACAAACACUGAAGUAGAAAGUAAUCAAG